CCCCCCCCCCCCCCCCCUCCACAGGACCGCCAGCCAGCCCCGUCUAGAGUUAUUCCAGGAAUGCGUUGAACAUGGCCGCCUCGACGAAGGAGCACAAGACGGGACUGCUGGAGCUCCGCGUGACCGUGGACCGCUGGACCCGCGUGCUGGCCACGCUCACCGGGGACACGCUCACGGUGAACCCCGGCGAGGGCGCCGAGGAGCCCGGCGCGAGGCCCGGCGCGAGUCCCGGCGCCGGCGCCCUGAACGGAGACCCCCCGAACCUGGGCUCGUCCGCGGUCCCGGAAACCAUCACCAACGUGAAGCGCACCGUGCGGGUGACCAAGCAGGACGUGGGCGGACUCGGGAUCAGUAUCAAAGGUGGGAGGGAGAACAAGAUGCCAAUCCUCAUCUCUAAGAUUUUUAAGGGCCUGGCUGCUGACCAGACUGAGGCACUUUAUGUCGGUGACGCCAUACUGUCUGUCAAUGGCAAUGACUUACGGGAGGCCACACAUGAUGAGGCUGUGCAAUCGCUGAAGAAAACUGGAAAAGAAGUCAUACUCGAAGUGAAGUACAUCAAGGAGAUGUCGGCCUUCUUUAAGAGCUCGGGGUCCCCCGGGGCCACCCUCCCCUGGGACUCUCCCCCCUCGACGCCGCAGAGGGGCACGGAGCUCUGCCCCGCCGAGGUGAAGGAGCCCCGCAGCAUCCCGCUGAAGAUGUGUCAGGUGUCCCGAAAACAGUGCCCCCCGGACACAGAGAACAGGUAUUUCGAGGUGAUUUCAGGCAACAGAAAGAGCUCUGUGUUCCUGCGGGCGAAGGACCCAGCCAUGGCCCAGUCCUGGUUCAACGGGAUCCAGGCAGGCACCGCCAACCUUUUGCCACGAGUGAAGGAGGAGAUGAAGAGCAUGCAGCCUGGCAUGGAGGUGAAACAUGUGGGCUGGAUCGCAGAGCAGGUGACACAGGGUCCAGAGAGACCGGUGCUGGCCGUGUUGACAGACAGAGACCUGCUCCUGUAUCCCUCCCUGCCUGAAACCAGAGAGAGCCUCAGCAGCCCCGCCAAGAGCCACCCGCUCAUCACGACCAGACUGGUCCACUCUGGCCCGGGUAAAAGUUCCCCGCUCCUGGACUCCGAGCUGUCGUUUGGCCUGCGUUCGGGCACCAAGCAGGGCGUGGAGACCCACGUGUUCAGAGUGGACUCGGCCAAGGAGCUGUCCACCUGGACUCAUCUGCUGGUGGAGGGCAGCCACAAUGCUGCUGAGCUCAUCAAGGAGGUCACCACGGCCUGUAGCUGGAACGGGAAGGAGUGCACCCUGGGAGUGCACAUCGACGAGGGUUUCACGUUGUUCACCGAGGAGAUGGGCGUCAGGAAAAGUGUUCUCCUCCAGCAGCCGUUCGAGCGCCUCAGGAUGUCCUCGGACGACGGAGUUCGCAUGAUGUUCCUCGACUUUGGAGGCCCCGAGGCCGAGAUCCCACUGGAUCUCCACUGUUGCCCAAAGACCAUCGUCUUCAUCAUCCACUCCUUCCUGUCCGCAAAAGUCAAGCGACUUGGCCUCCUGGCAUGAUAAUGGUCGACCUUCCCGACAACAUCAACAAUAGGGAUAUUUAAUGAAACACACACACAGCCCAGAAGACUGACACACACACACACACACACACACACACACACACACCAGAGGACAGGGCCACAGGGGGGGAGAAAAAAAAAGGGAUGAUCACUAACCUUUUUCUUUUCAGAUUUCCUCGGCCUCUAAAAUAGUUUUCUCUGCUCGGGCGUCUCCUGGUCGCUCUAGUGGACGGAAGAGAAAACCACAGCAUUGAUGGACCUUUGUUGAACUUGUAGUUGUAAGGUAAUGAGAGGUUUGAACUGUUGGUAUAAGUCAGCAGCUACUUAAGGGAUCUGACUCCUUUUGAUGGCCAUGACACUUUGUGAUGGCAAAACCCCGACAGCUUGCAUCGUACCGCUUUUUAAGCUUGAAGACACAAACAUUUCUGUUUUAUUCUUUUUUUUUUUGUCCCACUGUAAAGUUUUGUUUUGUUGGAUGAGUCACAGCAGGGCUUCGUCAUGAACGCGCUUUUCAUCUUUUUAACGAGCUGUCACACGAAAAAAAAGUUAUUUCACGAACGUCCUGAUUGAUUUUGGAUAAACAGUAUUUUUCUUGUUUUUGUUUAAUGGAGGCGGCGUCAGUGGAGUGACAGGAUGACUCGUCUGUACUGAACAACCUACAGAUUAGAAUUCAACAAUGCGGAGAGUUUAGUUGCCUUUACCCUGAAUGUUCAUGGAAUAAGCUACAUGUUUGAUGGUUUUUUUAAGGCGACUUCAAGUGAACAAUGUCUAUUUUUCAUUGCAGCUGAACAUCCUCUUAUUUUAUAUCCCUCUCUGUUUCUCUCCCUCCACCGUUUUAAGCGUGUUUAGAAUCUCUAGUCUAGAGAAACAACAACUAACAGAGGAUGAAAUUAUACAUUUUUAUUGUGUUUGAGCUUAACCAAUAAAUUAGAUUCAAAAGUUAUAAUUUUCCUAACAAAAAACCCCCACAUACCUUAAAUCGUGUGGCUCCACAGUUUCAUUUCGACAUCAGCCCAUGACAUGUACAUAAUAAGCGACCUGUGUAUUUGGAGUCCUGUCAGGAGAGGCUGUCAUUUUUUAACCAGCUGACAUGAAAUGGUGUCAGUUCAGUUGAGCUACUUACUUCUGUUGGGAUGAAAGAUAAAAGACUGAGUUUAGCCCGUAAAGGAGACGCAUCAUGCUCAUAUUCAAGUUCACGAUUCUACUUUGGGUCAUUAUUUGAUGAGGCGCCGGCUGAACGAGGCGUUUCAGGAGCUUCGGGGGUUUUUCCUGUCGAGGAGAGGAGCUCCCUUUACAGCAGACUUCUGGCUUUUUAACUUUGCAGCCCUUUUACAUGCACAAAGGAACCUACACUGCCCCCCCCC